CUUGUGAAAUUUUGUGAAAUGUAAACACGAGAAACGCCUUCAGUUUAAGUAGCGUUGUCUACGCUCCCUGGAUAAAUCCUGCUCUUUGAAAACAUACUUUCAGUUCGAGAAGUUGAUGAACCACGUACAGUGGGCUCACAAUAACGACGGGAGAUUGGGAAGAAGGAAGGGAAACUGAAACACGUUUGAAAAUAGGGAGAAAUAUUGUCCGGAUCAUCUCAUUUCUGUAAUGCUUCUAAAAUUAACUUCUACUUUAUCGAAAGCCCUAUCAAACGCUGUAAGAUAUUCUACUCUAGCAAAACGUUUUUUUUCGGGGCUAUUUAUUAACCAGCUAGUAUUAAAAAGAGCGAUGUAAAAUAGUUAGACCUUGUGGUGCUGAACUGAUUUAAAGAGUCGACGGGAAAAUUGCACCGUAACAAUCUGAAACCAUCGACGUUCAAUGGAUAGGAGAUCUAUCAAUGACUUGUCUGAGGACAUCAAAAAUAGAAUAGCAGAAGUUUUGGACAAGGGAGAUCAGCUACCCAACUGGAGAUUGCUGAUAAGAGAUGUCAUAAGACAAUACAUGCCUUUGUAUGAUGAGGCUUUUGUCACCAAAUAUUUUGCUAUGGAAACACUGUUACCAGGUGGAAGUCCAACCCUUAAACUGCUGAAUGACUUGGGAGAAAGAAAAAUAACUGUGGGAGUUCUGAUAAACUGGAUCAGUUCUUUAAAUCAAAUGAGACCUAACCUGCAGCUGCAGGCAGUAUUAAAUUUGUUAAGGUCUCCAAUAAUCACACAAGAUGUUGAAAGUGAAGUACAUGGAACACAUGGACAGCAUGUCCGUAUACACUGUGAAGCAUCUGGUCAACAGCCACUUCACUUUCAAUGGUUUAAAAAAAGAGUAAAACUUCAUGGACAAACAGGGAAUACAUUAACUCUUCAAAAUGUAUGGGAACGUGAUGAAGGAUAUUACAUUUGCCGAGUAGCAGAUUCUUCUGGUUGCACAUUCACCAGUUGGGCCAAAGUGAUUAUCAAUGAAGACUACACUGCCUAUGGUUCUUCACAAUUUGAUUUACCAGUCAUCACAAGUCAACCAGAUCACAGAGUUCCUGUACAUGUACUUCAAGGUUCACAGUUAAGGUUGUACUGUGAUGGUGUUGGAAGGCCAGCUCCAAGCUUUCAGUGGUAUCAUAACAACACACCCAUCCAAGAGGCCACAAAUAGAGUGUUUACAAGAAGUGCAGCUUCCACAGAAGAUCAAGGUUUAUAUUUUUGUAAAGUGUACAACUCUGCUGGGGAAACCUUGUCCCAAUCUACUCAAGUGAUUGUUGCCAGACAUGGAGGAGAUUUACCUGUAAGAAGAGGGGGAAGUGGCCCUACUGACAGUGAUCCCAGUGACAGUGAGAGAGUUGCAAAUAAAGUGGCCCUGUUGAUUGGAAAUAAAGAUUACCAUUUCCAGCAGCUUGGAAGGCUCUUCCAUCCAAUCAAUGAUGCUUGUGACUUAACUGGCAGGCUGGUCAACAUGGGUUUUAAUGUAGUUUCACUGGUCAACCUGACCUUGGCAGAAAUGCGAGAAGCCCUGGUGGAGUUUUGUAAACUUCUGGUCAAAGACACUUAUGCUGUGUUCUAUUUUGCUGGCCAUGGUUUUGAGCGAGGUGGACGUAGUUAUCUGAUGCCAAUCGAUGCAACAGAUUCGUAUCUUCGCAACGAGAACUUGGCUUCAGCUGAAGUGCUUAGUGCUAUGCAGGCGACUGAGGCAAAGUUGAAUGUUGUCUUACUGGAUUGCUGCAGAACAGAGUAGGUGAAAUAAUGAGCGGCUUAAAGGAGCUCAGUCACGAUAUUUUGAGUUAUUUUGGCCACAUACAAAAUUACCUUUAA